GUUUGUGAAGUCACUAAGUCGCCAACAAGUAUUUAUAGUGGUUAAAAGAAAUGAAGAGUAAAUUACGGUAAUGGGCCUGUGUUGGUGCAAAGAUAAGGCACCACAUGAAGGAGGGGCGUACGCACCGCCUGCAGCAACCACUGCGGCGUCCCUGACUUCAGUGGAACCAAGGGUGCAGUUGCCUAAAGUUGUCGACUCACUAAUAGUCGACCAGCUCGUCCUCGAGAUGCUCACAUUGAUAGCUUCAUUCGUUGACAAUGAUGAAGAAUCCCCAGUUUCAUUGGUGAAGCUUCAUGUGAUAGCUGAUAAAGAAGAGGGCUGGAUACAAGUGGUUUCGUCCAUGGUGAAUGUAAUACCUUUGGAAGAUCCUUUUGGGCCUUCCGCCAUCACUAUCUUGUUUGACGACUGUCCGCUGCCGUCCAAAGAUUCAGUGAUAAGGGUGACGCAGUUAUUCGGCCUGUGUUCUGAGCGCGCCAACACUGGUGACCUGAACAUCCGCGUGGAGAGGAACAUCUGCGUGGUGCUCGGCUGCAUAGCUGAGAAGCUCGCUGGACCUAACAGCGUCGCUGUGCUCACUGAGAACACACUCGACUAUCUACUCACAUUCCUGAUAAGCAAACGUGAUGCGUGUAUUGUUCUGUUCGCGCUGAUUGCUCUAGAGAAAUUCGCACAUACGACUGAAAAUAAAUUGACUAUAAAAAAUAGACUGGACCGUGAACCGGAGAACCCCUUACUGGUGCUGGAGAGGCUAUCAGAUAACGAUGACCAUAUGUGGAGACAGGUUGGCUUCUGUGCGAAGUGGGCCUUAGAUAAUUUAUUUAUAGUAGAGGACAGAAAAUUAUCCUACGAAUUAGUGGACAUGUCCGGCAUAAAUGUGAUACUAAAUUCUCACGACGUGAGCGAGUACCUCAAGAUCUCGUGCAACGGUCUGGAGGCGAGGUGCGAUUCGAACUCUUUUGAAAGUGUUCGCUGCACGUUCCAAGUGGACGACGGCUGCUGGUACUACGAGUCGCUGAUAGUCACGCCCGGGGUCAUGCAGAUUGGAUGGGCAACCAAGAAUAGCCAUUUUUUGAAUCAUGAAGGAUUCGGCAUCGGCGAUGACCUAUAUUCAUUAUCAUACGACGGGUGCCGUAAACUGGUGUGGUACAGGGCACGACCGUCCGCAGUAACAGAGGUGCCCGCGUGGAGGCCCGGCGACAUCCUGGGCUGUCUAAUAGACAUUAACACCAAAGAAGUCAUAUUCUACAUCAAUGGGCUACGCAUCCAAUCUUGUAAGGAAAUAUUCGAAACAACCAGAUUGGGUUUCUUCGCAGCGGCUAGCUUCAUGGCAUUUCAACAAUGUAGAUUUAACUUUGGUCACGAGCCGUUCAAGUAUCCACCCACAGACAGACCAUUCUCAUCUUUCAACGCCCAUGGAUAUCUCACUGAUGAGCAAAAGAAGGUCGUGCCAAGGCGGAUAUAUUUAGAACAGCUGAGGUGUUCCAGCGUGAAGGAAGACUCGUGCACGCUCUGUUUUGACGACACCGCCUGCUGUGUUCUUAUUCCAUGUGGUCACAGGGGAUUCUGCUCGCUGUGCACCUCGCAACUGAAGGAGUGUCCAAUGUGCCGGGCGGCCAUAGUAAAUAUUAGGAUAGAGGACACAUGACAAGACAAGUCUCGCUCCCAGAGUUUGCCCGGCAGCCGGGAGCGAAGCGAGUCGCCCAGCCCCAACAUCACCCUGGAUGAAUCCCCCACCCCCUCUAGAGUCAGCACUCCGUCACCGAUGCAGAUACAAUGCGAUGCCGAUGAGGAACUGGAAUUAGAUGAUCAAGUGUCCGAUCUACGACCCCGAGACUUCCUAACAUGUGUCAGGUAUCAGUUGGGAUAGCGAUACGUGAUACGGCUGACUCGUUUCUCAGAGACUGACGCGAUAUAAUUAUUAAUAUUGUUAAACAGGUUUUAACACGAAUAAUUUUAUAGCUAACUAGCUGUGGCUACGGUUUCACGCGUGAAGUUUAUUGCCUAUAUGUUAUUCUGAAGAUAUAUAAGCUAUAUUACUGUAAAGUUUCAUCAAAAUACGUUAAGUAAUUUUUACGUGAAAGAGUAACAAACAUCCAUCCAU